CGUCGGGUUCUGAAAAAGAAAAUGCCCAUCAUAAAUUCGAGUUAUUUGGCAAAUGAAAAAAUGCCGUCGUGUUUGACGUACGCUGUGCUUUUCGUCUGCUGCUUGUCAAUCAUCGCUGUCGAUUCUGCAAUCCAGCCACCGGAAUUCGUCCAACGCAACACGGAAACGCUGCUAAUGGCCAAGUUUGAUGAAAUGGCUGCACAGAUUCGAGAUCAAGAACUCCGAUUGCAGAAUUACGCAAAUCAGAUGGUUUCGCUGCAGGAGAAAAUCCAGCGACUCGAAUCCAUUUUGCAUAGCAAUUUCCAAUCCCUCAAUACAGCCGUUUUCUCUCCGAGGACAUGCCAAGAAGCACGUGACAGCGGCCUGCCGGAAUUCAGCCAAUCUGGCAUGUAUUGGAUUGAUCCGGACGGCGUAGGAAUCGGCGACGGAUCCAUUUACGUCUACUGCGAUAUGACAACAGGAAUAACGGCCGUGGGCCACGAUAGCGAAUCAACCAUUGCCAUUCCGAAAUGUCCCGAUGCCGGCUGCUAUUCAAGGCCGAUCGUGUACUCGAAUUCAGCCAUCCGGCAGUUGAAAGCGUUGACCGAGAUUUCAGCCGAAUGUUACCAAUCCCUUCAAGUGAAUUGUGUAGGAGGACCUUUCACGGUGGCGGACAUUGAUUAUGCCUGGUGGAACGAUAUCGAGGGCAAGAAGCAAAAUUUCUGGUCGGGCUCUGAUGAGGCCGCACACGUUUGCCAAUGUGGUAUAGACGGCAAUUGCAUCCGGUCCGAUCUGCCAUGUAACUGCGAUGCCAAUGUGGCCGUCCUUCUCUCAGACAACGGAAAAAUCACCUUGAAGCGAGUGCUGCCUGUGACGCGCCUCAAUUUCGGACACACCAGCUACGUAGGUGGGAGCCACACCCUCGGCAAGUUGGAGUGUUUCGGCAAAUCGGCGGCCGACGUACCGACGUCAUGUCUGGACCUCUGGCGAAUUGGAUACCUUCUAAACGGAUUGUAUCCUAUACGCAGGAACCAAGAAGUCGUGUUUGUCUACUGCGAUUUCUCGGAAGGACAAGAUGUAAUGCAGACUGACGUUGGCUACGUUGACGUCAAAUCAGAACCCGUCCAAUUUUAUGUCCAAAGAAUUACGAAUUUUACUGCAAUGACUGCCGAUGCGGUGCUCUUCCCUUUCGACAAGGUCCAACUUAAUGAAGGUGGCGCCAUGGAUGCACAAGCGGGAAUAUUUGAAGCCCCGAAAUCUGGCAUCUAUGUUUUCCACUUCACAGCAGUUGAUCUGCCCGGUGGCGCAGAUUUAGUCGUCAACAUGUACAAAAAUGAUGAGCUAAUCGCAUCCGGAGGUCCUAAAGGGCUUGCCAAUCAUGGAACAGUGGCCAUUCCGUCUACGCUGCAUUUAUCUGUUGGUGAUAACAUUAAAAUAAUUAUCUCCACGGUUAACGGAAUGCUUUAUAGCGACCCUCUGCGCCCAAUGACCCAUUUCACGGGAUUUUUGCUGGAGGAAGACAUUUUCGCAUGACGAAUGAAACGAGCAGAAAGAGCCACAUGAUAACACCUUGUCGUGUAUGUUCAGUUUGGCAGUGUAUCUAGUUAGAAACAAAAAAAAAAUUACAUGUAGAUUAAAGUUU